CUUGCUGGUGUGAGGAGGAGAGCUGCAUUUCAAUGAGGGCCGGGCUAAUGCAAAUAUCUGCAAUAGCAGCAGAAGGCAAGCAGCUGCAGCCUAGACUGAGCAGCCCAGCAGCAGACAUCCUUCUUCCAGCCAGGGGGACACAGAUACAUAACAAAGACACCCAGAGCAAGACAUUCACUGUUUGGACACAGCCACAGCACCAACAACACAGACACAGGAGGACAUCUGCAGUCCAAUAUAUCUACCUAUAAUACAGCUAGUAGAAUCUCUAAGAUGUCCUUCGGGAGAGAUAUGGAGCUUGAACAUUUCGAUGAGCGUGACAAAGCUCAAAGGUAUAGCAAAGGAUCUCGGGCAAAUGGACUUCCCAGUCCUACUCAUAGUGCCCACUGCAGUUUUUACCGAACCCGCACGCUGCAAGCAUUGAGCUCGGAAAAAAAAGCCAAGAAAGUUCGAUUUUAUCGCAAUGGUGACCGAUAUUUUAAAGGGAUCGUUUACGCCAUUUCCCCUGACCGUUUUAGAUCUUUUGAGGCUCUCUUAGCUGACUUGACCAGGACUCUGUCUGAUAAUGUGAAUCUACCCCAAGGAGUGAGAACAAUUUACACAGUAGAUGGGAACAGGAAGAUUAUGUCAAUGGAUCAGUUGGUGGAAGGUGAAAGUUAUGUAUGUGGAUCUAUAGAGCCUUUUAAAAAACUGGAAUACACUAAGAAUGUUAAUCCUAACUGGGGUGUGAACGUGAAGACAACCCCUCCUCCUCGCUCAGUGCAACCACUCGCCUCUCCCAAACCUGGCACCUCUGAGGGUAGAGAUGGCAAGGAUUUCAUUAGGCCAAAGCUUGUCACCAUCAUCAGGAGUGGAGUCAAGCCCCGUAAGGCUGUCCGCAUACUCCUAAACAAGAAGACAGCCCACUCCUUCGAUCAGGUUCUUACUGAUAUAACUGACGCCAUUAAGCUUGAUUCUGGAGUGGUGAAGCGACUGUAUACACUGGAUGGGAAACAGGUGAUGUGCCUUCAGGAUUUCUUUGGCGACGAUGACAUUUUUAUUGCCUGUGGACCCGAGAAGUUCCGUUACCAAGACGAUUUCUUGCUGGACGAGAGCGAAUGCCGUGUUGUGAAGUCUACUUCGUACACCAAGCUUCCCAGUGUACCACGUCGAAGUACCACUAAGAGUCCAGGCCCAUCAAGGCGCAGCAAGUCACCUGCAUCAACCAGCUCAGUUAAUGGGACCCCAGGGAGUCAGCUUUCUACCCCACGAUCCGGAAAAUCUCCAAGUCCAUCACCAACCAGCCCUGGAAGUCUGCGAAAACAUAGGGGCUCCCAGCACAGUGGGUCCUCUACAUCUUUAGCAUCCACCAAGGUUUGCAGUUCCAUGGAUGAAGGCGAUGUCCUAGCAGAAGAUAUUUUGGAUGAAGGGUUCCAGGUUCCUGUCUCCAUAGCAGAACGAUAUAAAGUUGGAAGGACCAUAGGGGAUGGGAAUUUUGCAAUUGUUAAAGAGUGUAUAGAAAGGUCAACUGGUAGAGAAUAUGCUCUGAAAAUCAUUAAUAAAAGCAAAUGUAGGGGGAAAGAGCAUAUGAUUCAAAAUGAGGUCUCCAUCCUGAGAAGGGUUAAACAUCCCAAUAUUGUCCUGCUAAUUGAAGAGAUGGACAUGCCAACUGAAUUGUACCUUGUGAUGGAACUUGUUAAGGGAGGAGAUUUAUUUGACGCUAUAACUUCAACUAACAAAUACACAGAGCGAGAUGCAAACGGAAUGCUGUAUAAUCUAAUGAGUGCCAUCAAAUACCUGCACAGCUUAAACAUUGUUCAUAGAGACAUCAAACCUGAGAACCUGCUGGUCUAUGAACACCAGGAUGGGAGUAAAUCACUAAAACUUGGAGAUUUUGGACUUGCCACGGUAGUCGAUGGACCUCUUUACACUGUGUGUGGAACCCCAACCUAUGUAGCUCCUGAAAUAAUCGCAGAGACUGGGUAUGGCCUGAAAGUGGAUAUCUGGGCAGCAGGCGUGAUCACCUACAUCCUGCUCUGUGGCUUUCCUCCUUUCCGUGGAAGUGGAGAUGAUCAGGAAGUACUUUUUGAUCAGAUUCUCAUGGGACAAGUGGACUUUCCAUCUCCCUACUGGGACAAUGUUUCCGAUUCUGCAAAGGAACUUAUCACCAUGAUGCUACAGGUUGAUGUUGAUCAGCGAUUCUCUGCUCUGCAGGUUCUUGAACAUCCAUGGGUCAACGAUGAUGGUUUGCCUGAGAAUGAGUAUCCACUGUCUGUGGCUGGGAAAAUAAAGAAACAUUUCAACACUGGCCCCAAACCCAAUAGCACCUCAGCUGGAGUCUCUGUUAUAGCAACCACCGCUCUUGAUAAGGAGAGGCAGGUUUUCAGACGAAGACGCAACCAGGAUGUAAAGAGUCGGUUCAUCGCUCAACCAGCUGCACCCGAAAUGACUUCAGAAUCAGAGGAUUAUUCACCAAGCUCGUCUGAGACUGUUCGCUCACCUAACUCACCCUUUUAAGGAAACACUUUAAAUAUAAGUCUUGGCCUAACCCUUCACGACUCAGAGUGGAUACCGAUGUUGCGUGGACAUAAAUAAUGAUAAUAAUGUUUGCAGGUGUGAAUGAGAGAACAAAAUAACGGUGAUCAAAACCAUUGUGUUACAGACAUCAUUAGCACUAAUGAAUAGUAAAUGUUUUCGUGCAAAAAAAACAAAAACAAAAAAGAAUACUUUUUGUGCAAAAAGAGACUGAAAUAUAAUUGCAUCUUGGACUGUUUACAAUCAUAUGGUAGUGAUGGCCCAUGUUUGUCAUUAUAAAAAUAAUUAAAUGUCUUUAAAGGGCAAAAAAUACUUUUUAUUCCCCCAAGACAGGGUAGGGCAAAGGACAGUGACAUUUUUGAAACAACACUACGGAGAACCAAAGCCAGUGUAGUUCUUGAUUCCAUGACACAAAUAACCAGAAAUGGUAGUGAUGAGGGUUCAUAGAGAUUGACGUUAUAAUAACAAAUUACGUUCUUUAAAUAAUUUUUUAAAGGUAGCUGACGUAUUUUUGUCUCCUAUUACCUCGAGCAAAAAAACUAAAAAAGCCAAGAAUAAAAUAUGAAGAAAACAUUAUAAUUAUAUAUAGAGAGAAAGAUAUACUACAACCAUCUCUUCAUUAAAAUGGAAUGCCUGAUGUCCGAAGAGAGGACUUCCUAGCUUCAUUUCUCAAGGACCUCAAUAAAAUGUCUAAUGCUUAAGAAAAUAUGUAAUGUUGUCCAUACAUAUAUGUCUUCUAGUCCUCAGGUAAAUGUGUUAAAUUUGUUAAAUGUAAGAUACCUCCCCUCUUUCUUUUUUUUUAUUCUUUACAUCUUUAUCGGGACGUAGGUGCAGAUCCAUCCUCAUGAAAUCACUGCUUGUGUGAAGGCCACCAAUUCAGGAUCUGAGAUUUACUUAUAUAUAUUAUUUUUCAGUAUGGAUAAACCUGACUAACUGGUGUUUCCUGAAGAAUUUUGGAACACAUGUAAAUUCCAACAUGCAAGCUGUGUUCUGAUGGUCCUUGAAAAAUGAAAUUAGAAGUCUGUCCUAAAUAAAAUUAAGUGCCAUUACCAAGAUCAAAUAAUCUCAUAACUUUUAACAUGAUUCCCCGCAACACAAAUAAUCCAUUUGUCUUUUUUUACACUCCAGAUAUGUAAAUGUGUACUAGUGCAAUGUGACUGAGCACUUUGUUUUAGGAAUGCAGAAACUGUAGCACUUCAAACUAUAUGUGGAUGACAACUCAUAGGAUUCUCAGCCUGGCAGAAUCCUGUAUGUGUUCUUUAUAAUUAAAGCCACUAAACUAUACCAAGAUUCUGUCAUCUGAGGCAAUGUAUAUACAUUUUAAACGUAUAGACUGACAUCUUCAAGCAUUGGUGUCAGACUUCACAAACUAGGCUUGGUUAAACGAUGGUAGACAAAAAAAUAAAAGAGGGGUUCAUGCAAGUUUUUUUUUAAUCUCUGAUUUAAUUGUUUAGCGUAAACAGUUUAGCGUAAACAAUGUAGCAUCCUUUCUGCAGGGCCUAAAGGUUGGCUAUUCACCACUACAAAUAGCAAUACAGAGUAACAAUAAAGUGUCCAAUGUGAUGU